CAGUUCCUGAAGACGGCGUACAAAGGAUGUCUGCUUCACCCUAAGGAGUACUGGGAACCUGUUUGUGGGCGUUUCUUUCCGAUUUUUAUAGUUAGUUUCCAUGCAACAAUACCGUAGGCCUUUUACAUUUUUGAUGUUUUUGAUGUGCUGAGUAGAAUGGCAUCCCCUAUAUCUGUAGCUGGUCGGAUACCAUUCUCAGAGCUUGCAGUAUUUCUUGAGAAUGUGCAGAAGAAACAUGGAACUGACAACAAGAGGAAGCUGUUCAAGGACUUCCUUGACAAGUGGAGAGUCUUUCAUGCACAUUUGCAUAAAGAUGAUUCUGAUAAUACAGAUACCUUCUACCCUGUAAUGCGUCUCUUACUCCCACAAUUAGAAAGAGAGAGACUUGCAUAUGGAAUCAAAGAGCACACACUGGCGAAGUUGUACAUUGAAAUACUUGGAUUGUCCAAAGAAAGCCAGGAUGCUAAGAAGCUGAUAAAUUACAGAGCACCUACAGCUAAACAAGAGGCAGGUGAUUUUGCAAGUGUGGCAUUUUUUGUUCUGAGGAACAGGUGUCCAGAAAAGGGCAGUUUGACAAUAAAAGAAGUUAAUGACAGUCUGGAUGGUAUUGCUUCAAAUAAUGCCGCAAAUAAAAAAGAUGUUGUAAAAAAGAACCUGAUGCACCUUCUACGAAACACAAGUGCAACUGAACAGAAAUGGCUUAUCAGAAUGAUUAUGAAGGAGAUGAAAGUUGGGUUAAGUCAGAGCUCUAUCUUCUCUGUUUUCCAUCAAGAUGCGGAGGAGUAUUUCAAUGUGACGAAUAGCUUAGCAAAGGUUUGCAAGGACCUAAUGAAUCCAGAGUCUCGUAUGAAUGAAAUAGCCAUUGAAGUCUUUUCUCCAUUUAGCCCGAUGCUUGGAAUGAGAGCUACUUUGAGUCAAGUUGAGAAGCUCAUGGAUCAUAAGCCAUUUUUUAUUGAAACAAAAGUAGAUGGUGAACGGAUGCAACUCCACAAGGAUGGUGACAAGUACAAAUACUUCUCAAGAAGAUCCCAUGAAUACAGUAAUGUGUUUGGUGAAAAUUCAUUUUCAGGAACUUUCACACAAUAUGCUGCUAAGUAUUUCAAAAGUGAUGUGAAAUCAUGUAUCUUAGAUGGGGAAGUGAUUGCCUAUAAUCCUGAAACAAAAGCAUUUAUGUCAAAAGGAGAAAAUUUUGAUGUUAAAUCAAUGAGAGACACAGAUCUUCAAGUAUGUUUCAUUGUAUUUGACAUUCUGUUGCUGAACGGGCAAAAGCUUGCCAACAAACCUUUUAGAGAACGGUUUAAUUUUAUUCCUAAAGUGUUUACACCAAAGGAGGGACGUCUUGAGAUAGUACAAAGACAAGCUGCAUCAACUAAAAAGGAUGUAGUUGAUGCUUUGAACAAAGCUAUUGAUGAUCGAGAAGAAGGAAUUGUUGUAAAAAAUCCAGACUCAACCUACAGACCAGAUAAGCGGAAAGGAAGUGGCUGGCUCAAGAUUAAACCUGAGUAUAUGGAUAACAUGAUGGAUGAGUUGGAUCUUCUUAUCAUUGGUGGCUACUUUGGCAAAGGGAAACGUUCAAGAGUGAUUUCUCAUUUCCUGCUUGGUGUUGCAGUUCCCCCAUCAAAACAAGGUGAUGAACCAAAACUGUUCAAGUCUUUCUGCAAGGUUGGUUCUGGUUAUACAUACAAGGAACUUUAUGACCUUAAUGUAAAAUUAAUGCCCCAUUGGAAACCACUGGAAAAGGACAAGUACCCAGAACAUCUGCUGCUAUCCAAUGAAAAACCUGAAAUAUGGAUUGAGCCUUCCAAAUCUGUAAUCGUUCAAGUAAAGGCAACAGAAAUAACAUAUGCAAAAGACUACAAGACUGGGUGUACUUUACGUUUUCCACGUGUAGAGAAACUGCGGGAUGACAAGGCAUGGAACCAGUGCAUGACUGCAGAUGAACUAGACAAUUUAAAGAAGUUAGCAGACGGUAAAUUAGCUUCCAGACAUGCUGUUCAUGAUGAUGAUAACCAGGACAUUCAACCUCAAGUAAAGAAGAGAAAAGUUACCUCCCGAGUAGAACAAAAGGCUAGUGUGGCAGAGAGAUUCAGGGGUGCGGACACUUCCAGUCUCAAACAGAUCUCCAAACUGUUUGAAGAUAUGGAGUUUUGUAUCUUCAAUGGACCAAGUGAUUAUCCGAAAGUUGAACUUGAAAAGAAGGUUGUGGAACAUGGAGGCAAAAUCACGCAAAAUCCCAGCGUCGACACUUACUGUGUAAUUGCUGAGAAAAUCAAUGUCAAAGUUCAAAAUGUCAUAAGUUCUGGUGAACAAGAUGUUGUACAGGCAUCUUGGUUAAUUGACUGCCUGAAAACUAAACGUAGGUUACCAUGGUUACCACAUCACAUGAUACAUAAAUCCCAUGAGACUGCUGCCUAUUUUGAGGUGCAUUAUGACUCUCAUGGAGACAGCUACACUGAGGAUGUUACAGUUGACAAACUACAAGAAAUAUUUGAAAACAUAGGGAAACAGGUGACAUCUCUUUCUGGCGGCAAUUGCAGAUUAAGUACUUUAGAGAUCGCUCAGAUUGAACAUGAGUAUUUUCCUGAUGAAUCUCCUUUGGGUUUGUUUCGUCUCUGCAGAGUCUACAUGGACAAGAAUCUCAUCAUUGAUGACCCUACCACCGAAAUAAAAGACAGCACAUUAGAGAUGGUUGCCUUGGAGAUGAGGUUCCAUGGUGCAACUCUUGUUGAUGUACUAGAUGAUCAAGUAUCUCAUAUUGUGUUUGAUAAAAGUGACUUGACAAGAUUAAAAGAAUUCCGAAAUUUGAACCAUGAUCUGCAGAAGAAGCGUCACCUGGUUUCAACUGCUUGGGUGAAAUCAUGUGUAGAAGACAAAAGAUUGAAACGAGAAAGAGAUUAUGAGCCAGAUGCUCCAGUAUGAAAGAGUCUAGAUAAUUCAAUUUUAAUGAAGUGGGGUACAGACAGUGUUGCACAGCGCUGCAAUCUUGAGGUCCUGGGUUAAAACCAAUGUUGGUCACACUGCUUGUGUAUGGGCAAGACACACUAUGUAUAUGUCCUCCUCUUUUCACCUAAAAUGAAUGCAAGUGGGUACCUGGUAGGAGGUGAAUGAUUCCGUGCUGAAUUACACCUCAGGAAGAAGAGGAAUUCUGUGUAUGAUUGAUUUCUAAAAUAUAUAGUAUUAGUGGAAAACAUCACUAAAUAUUGAUGUUUUUGGAUGAUGAUAUGCCACACUAACAGUGGCAGAUUGAAUGGGUCCAGAGAUAUGGUGGGGGAACAGUUUUUUGCACACACAAUGAAAAAUAUUGCUAAUUUUUAUAGUGAAAUAAAUUCUAUGAUUGUAAUUGCUGUGCAGGUUUUUCCUUGAUCCACAUAGUAUCAGGGGUCCCAAUGCAGAAGUCGCCAAAAUAUCAAAAUGGUCUCCCGCAUUCUUGCAAGCAAGGUGGAUUUUGCAUGUUUUUACUACUGUAAUUUUAAUUGUCUUCAUAAAGUAUGCUAGUUAUGGGGUUUCACUAUAAGCAGAAAAACACAAUCUCAUUAAAAACUGUGUCUCCCCAAAAGUGGCCUCUUCAAACUUGGGACCCCAGCAAUGUACAAGUGACUGUCUGGUUGGAUGCUCUGUAUUGGGAAAAAACAAUGUUAUAAAGUAUUUGUAAAGGAUAAUUUUUUGUAUGUAUAACCUUGAAAUAUUCAAUUUUUGAUAAGAUAAUUUUAAAAUAUGUAACAUUCCUUGAUAAUUAUGCAAUGAAAAAAUUUUCAAAGCAUGACUUUGACAUUAUCUAAUUGUCAACAGAGGCACUUUUGUCCUGUGUCCAGAAGUGUAAAGGAAAAGCUAUAUUAUGCUACACUGGUACAUGGAACCCAUCUACAAAGAAAAAUGUCUCUGCUGGAAAGAAUACAUAGUCGACCUGCAUGUUUCGUCUGCAACAACUAUUCUCUGAAGAGCAGUGUGACAGAUACUAAUUUUGAACAACAUUAGAAGAAAGGCAAGAAAUAAAUCAAUUUGCCUUCCUUUA